UAAAUCUUCAAUUACAAUACGGAAUCCGUUUCCUCUCUACAAACCAGCAGGCUCCAGGGUCCUCAUAUGCUCUCCCAGAGUGCCGCGAACCCUCUCACAUCAGCUUCUGCUGAAGAAAGACGUGACCUUGCAUUUUUUUUAAUUAUCCCCAACAUUUCGCCUUUGGUUAGUGUAAGAAGUGUGAGUGAGUCGUGGCUGAUUUUAAUAUGGUCGACUUUCCUGUUAGUAUCUCCGAGGCCUCCAGGCCUUUAUGUCCCGAGCCAGAUCCCCCAUCAGACAAAGAUGGAUACAAGCCCAGCAGCCUUUCACCUGAGUGGAAGUGUACUCGAGAUAGUAAUAGAUACUACAAAUGAUUGGUGUGGUGGAAAUGACCCUCUCUUGAGUCUUACAGUUGCUGGUUCUAUAUAGCAAGUUUUGCUGAAAGGGAAAGCGGAUCGGACAGCACCAGCAGUUAAAGGAUGUGUAAUUUCACCACUAUUGACCCGUAUGAUGGGAGGUCCAGCCAGAAUGAUGCCAUUUUUCGGGCAAUGUCAUUGUAGCCAAUGCAGCACAAUGGGCAAUCGCCGAGUGGGUGGGGCGACGGUUUGUAUGUCGGCCUGAGGAAUCCAUCC